AUGAUGAAGGAGACAAUAACUUUAUCUUACUCUCAAAUUGCAAAUCAGCUGGUCACACAUUUCAACAAUUUGCAGGAUGAUAGGUUUCAUGAAAACCCUGAUAGUAUAACAAAUUUAGCACAUAUUCUACCUAAAGCCACUAAGGGAUCAAAAUUCAUAUCCAACCUCUAUCCUAGGUCUAUUCUAUUCGACUAUUCGAAUGGAACAGGUGCGUUAGAUCCAUUUAUAUAUUUUCAAGAGAAUCCGAUGAAUUCGAUUGAUAUGAAAGACGUUCAGACUAUCCAAACAACUCCCACGUUAGACCUUAAUCAUUAUCAGAAUAACCUGAAUAAGGGGAAACCAACUGUUGGAUUAGACAACGAACGUACGCAGUUUUGGAGCGAUUUUGCUAAGGUCACCUAUAAACCCACGUGUGUGAUUAAGCAUCCAUCUUAUGUCUAUGAUCCGGAGACCAGUAAGGGGGUCGACAAAAAUACUCACAGUCAAAAGUUUGAUGGUCACCAGCUGGGUGUGGAUACGUUUCAGGACAUUGAAGCGUUCCACGAUUCAAUUGAUGAUCAAGUCAGAAAGAUGUUUGAAGAGUCAAAUAAUGUGAAUGCAGUAAAUGCGGUUGUUGAAUUAGAUUCAGCCUGGUCUGGUGUAUGCUUUGAAUCUUUAAAGCAUUUAAUCGAUGAUCAACUCGGGGGCAAAGGUUCCAAAGUGAUGCUGUGGUCACUACAAAGGGAUUAUAAAUACGUGAGAGAAAUGACUAUAACUGGAAAGCUGGAUAGAAUUCAAAAGCUCACGGACUUGGGGAACUUGGACGUUGGUGGUAUAGCCUCUUUAAAUUUGGAUUUUCCAAGUACUUUACCAAUAGUAAACCCUUGGGCGAAAACUUCUGUUUUAUCUAUUCCUUUUGACUUUUUCAACAACAUUAAAGAUGUAGAUAUAGGUGAAGUGUUAUACAAGCUUACUGAUGGAGGACAACAAAAGUUUAUCAAUGAUGUUCGAACGUUAUGGAAUGAUGAAGUGCUACAUUUGGGUGGUGGAUUGUUUACAAAUAAGCCAGAUGAGGACGCAUACACAUUUGCCAAAAGUGUGGUAACAUCUCAAUCUUGUAUCGAGGAUAUUAAAGGUUUUGAGGAUUUUGAUGCUUUAGUUGCAAAGAGCACUCCACGUUUGUACUUACAGACCUAUAAAUCAAGGCAUGAUAUCAAAUAUACCGACUCGAUGCCAUCAUUUUUCCAAAAUGCCGAUAUACCUGCGUGCUCACUAGGGGUAACUAGUUCAUUGAGGGGAGAUUUUAAAACUAUGCACGAUUUUGUCUCAAAAUAUUGUCGAUCAGACGUGAGAGAGGAACUGAAGAACGACUUGGAAAAUCUUGUGGAGUCAUACACUCAUGGGUUUGAAUACACCGAUGGGGAAGAUGAGGAUGAUGUAUAUUAG